GUGAUGGGGAUCCCCGCCUAGGCAGUACAGCAAGGCGGGUUUGGGAUACCCGUAGUUGCCGAGGCCUCCCAGGGAAUCCUCCGUCGUCUACCGUGAGCUACACCGCGCGCUCCCGGGUCUCGAUCGGCAACAGUCAGUACGCGAGGGACGCGGCGGUGGAUGCGGCCUACCCUGGGAGGGUCUGCUGGAACAACGGGGACGCUUUCUGGGAUAAUAACAGGCCCGCUGGAGGACCGAGAAAACAUUAAAUUGCACCAUGAUGGAAGAACUGCAUAGCCUGGACCCCCGACGGCAAGAGCUGUUGGAAGCUCGAUUCACUGGGGUCGGCGUAGCUAAGGGCUCGGGUCAGAACCAAAAUGAGUCAUCCAAUCAGAGUCUAUGCAGUGUCGGCUCACUCAGUGACAAAGAGCUAGAGACUCCCGAGAAAAAGGCAAAUGACCAGAGAGUGAGAAAACGAAAAGCAGACCAUUUUGACAACAGCCAAGGCAAAGCAGGAGCAAGGGGACAUAAAAUUAGUGAUUAUUUUGAGUUUGCGGGCGGUAGUGGUCCUGGUACCAGCCCUGCCAGGGGAAUCCCACCAGUGGUCCGCUCUUCCCCACAACACUCGCUCUCCAACCCUCCUGUCACGGUGCAGCAGGGAAGUCCGUCAUCCGUAAGCUCGGUCAACACAGAGCAUUCGACGUGUUCACUGAAGCCCGCUUCUCUUCACAUGCUCCACAAAGCCACACAGUCUGACCUUACCAUAGAGAAACUAACAGCAAUGGAGAACAACAAGAACUCUGACCUGGAGAAGAAGGAAGGCCGAAUAGACGAUUUGCUGAGGGCUAACUGUGAUCUGAGGAGACAGAUUGAUGAACAGCAGAGGAUGCUGGAACGGUAUAAGGAACGCUUAAAUAAGUGUGUGACCAUGUCCAAGAAGCUGCUGAUUGAAAAAUCAAAACAGGAGAAAAUGGCAUGUCGGGACAAAAGCAUGCAGGACAGACUUCGACUGGGUCACUUCACUACAGUUAGACACGGAGCUUCUUUCACUGAGCAGUGGACGGAUGGAUAUGCCUUCCAAAACCUUAUCAAACAACAAGAAAGGAUUAAUUCCCAGCGAGAGGACAUCGAAAGACAGAGGAAGCUGCUGGCGAAACGCAAACCGCCGUCCAUGGCCCAGACUCCACCCCCAAGCCUGGAACAAAAUAAACGCAAAAGCAAGACCAACGGAACAGAAAGUGAAGCGUUAUCACAGGCGGAGUACCACGAGCAAGAGGAAAUCUAUAAGCUAAGAUUAGGCCAUCUUAAGAAGGAGGAGGCAGAGAUCCAGGCGGAGCUGGAGAGGCUGGAGCGAGUGCGAAACCUGCACAUCCGCGAACUGAAAAGGAUCCACAACGAGGAUAAUUCUCAAUUCAAAGAUCACCCUACGCUAAAUGACAGAUACCUGCUACUCCAUUUACUUGGAAGAGGAGGUUUCAGUGAAGUUUACAAGGCCUUUGACUUAACAGAGCAAAGGUAUGUUGCAGUCAAAAUCCACCAGUUAAACAAGAACUGGAGGGAUGAGAAGAAGGAGAAUUAUCACAAACAUGCAUGCAGAGAAUAUAGAAUCCAUAAAGAGCUGGACCACCCACGAAUAGUUAAACUCUACGACUACUUUUCGCUUGACACUGACUCGUUCUGCACAGUCCUGGAGUACUGUGAGGGCAAUGACCUGGACUUCUACCUGAAGCAGCACAAACUCAUGUCGGAGAAAGAGGGCCGCUCCAUCAUCAUGCAGAUUGUUAACGCCCUCAAGUACCUCAACGAGAUCAGACCACCUAUCAUCCACUACGACCUUAAACCUGGUAACAUCCUGCUGGUGAAUGGCACAGCCUGCGGCGAGAUCAAGAUCACAGAUUUUGGACUGUCCAAGAUCAUGGAUGAUGACAGCUACAACUCAGUGGACGGGAUGGAGCUGACAUCACAGGGAGCGGGGACAUACUGGUAUCUGCCCCCUGAGUGCUUUGUGGUCGGAAAGGAGCCGCCAAAAAUCUCCAACAAGGUGGACGUGUGGUCUGUGGGCGUCAUUUUCUACCAGUGUUUGUAUGGACGCAAGCCCUUUGGCCACAACCAGUCCCAGCAGGACAUCCUGCAGGAGAACACCAUACUUAAGGCAACAGAUGUGCAGUUCCCCCCUAAACCAGUAGUCACACCUGAAGCCAAGGCCUUUAUAAGGCGCUGUCUAGUCUACCGUAAGGAGGACCGCAUUGAUGUGCACCAGCUGGCCAGUGACCCCUUCCUUAUGCCCCACAUCCGCAAGUCGGUGGCCUCGUCGGGCACCUCAGGCAUGGCUGUAGCCUCCACCUCCAGCUCCUCAAACAGCAGUGCCUCAAACUGAGCACCGAUCCUUAUCUUGACUGACUGAUCUGUUUGAAAGAGCGGGGUAGUGGUGACACCGUACUGUGUCCUCCCCUUCCAACAGCAUCCCACCUUGCCAUGAAGAGCCCAAGAGAAACUGGUCGGACGAUGGCAAGGGGUGGGUGAGAGGUCAUGGAGAGGGUUGAGAGGGGAGACCCUUGUCACCCAUCGCAUGUCCACCCACCCCAGCCUACCUGUCCUCCUUUCUCAAAAGGGUGGCAUUUGUCCUGGGGGUUCAAAGCCCUGGACGACUCAAUACAGCAAGGGGCGUGGUUCGGCACUUUGUUGGUGAAAGUAGGGUUCGGUGUUUGGGGUUAGUCUUUUCUGCUUAAAAAAGAGAAAAUAAAAAGAAGUAUGAAACUGCUUCAGCUUGGCCAGAUGGGACUGCGGAAGGCUUCAUACCCAUAUGCACUCACACACCCAUGCAUGAGCCAUUCUGGUCUGAGGUAGUCAGAACUCCCCAAGAGCAAACUUUUUGUUUGUACUCGUCUCCCAAAACUUUUCUGCAAAAACUGGUCUGGCCCAUUAGUAUUGAAGCCUAAAUAUCUAUGGCACUAUGUCAUCCCAACCUGCUGUUCUGGGAUCCCCUGCCCCGCUUAAAUUCCAGACCUAGAUAGUUUGUGACGAGGAGGGACAGAAGCUACUAUCCCCUAUAGCCCCCCGCCCCACCCUUCUUUCUCCUCGUCAAACUCCUGUGACCAAAGCUUAUAACUUCCAGCUGGUGGCAGUGUUCCACCUCAGUUUUUAUAACGAAUGGUUUUAGAGUCGUGUUACUUGAUAUUGAGUGGAAGAUGAUGAGAAGCGACCCCUUUUACAUUUUUUUAAAAAACCUUUCAAUUUGACCAGUUUUAUGGGGGAAACUGUUGUGUUUUUCAAGUUGCCUUUCAUUAGAACUGUUAUUGUUUGAUUGACCCCCGACCAUAAACACAUAUUUAUUUAGGUAUGUUUGAAUUUAUUUAGGCCAAUAAAAUGCAAAGGACUGGUUCUACCUUACAGUACCAUUGGGGGGAGAUUGGGCCUUGCCAGAGAGUUGCAUAAACCAUUAAAUACUAUUGGUUAAAAUA